AUGCUUAGCUCUAAAAUUUACUCCCUUGUUUUAUUAUCAUUAUUUGGAUUAGUUAGAUCAGCUGAUAUAACCACUACUGUCACCACCACACCUUAUGUCACUGCUACCACCACGGUUGGAUUACAAGAAGAUAUUUAUGCCACAGAAUAUAUUUUCACUGAUGAAAAUGGUAAAUUAACAACCACUACUGUUCUUGCCAGUACUGUUACUAAUCCAGCUGUUUUAUCAGGAACAAAAAAAUCAUCUGAUACAACAACAUCAUCAACAACAACAACUAAUGGUAAUGAUAAAUCAUCUUUAGAAUCUAGUUUAUCUUUCUCAGCUUUACCAACUAGUUUCUCAACAGAAAUUAAAGUUGAAGUUCCUCAAGGAGUUUAUUCUACUUCAACUAAACAUACUCAUACUGUAUUAGAUGAUGGUCAAACUGCUGCUCUUGAAUUAGUGGUGUUAUAUACCGCCUUUUGUGAUGUGUAA